AUGGCCACCGAAGCACCCGUCGCGUCUACCAGCACCGGCAAAGUUGUCCCGCAGACUGUCCUCUACUGCGCAGUGUGCCACUUCCCGCCCGAGUACUGCGAGUUCCAGCCGAAGAAGGCCAAAUGCAAAGCCUGGCUCGAGGAGAACCACCCGGACCUGCACGCCAAAUAUUACUCGGAGAGCGCCCUCGAGGACAAGCUUGCCAACUUGACGGUCGAGCAGCGCGAGGCGUUGGAGAAGGACUUGGCGAAGAAGGAGAAGAAGGAGGAGCAAAAGGCUGAAAAGGAGGCGGCCAAGAUUGCGGCUUCGAAGAUCGUCGUCAAGCGGAUAGAGCGCAACAAGAAGAAGUGGGUCACGACCGUCAACGGCCUGCAUCACUUCGGCGUCGACCUGAAGAAGGCCGCCAAGCUGCUCGCGAACAAGUUUGGCGCCGGCGCGACGGUCAGCAAGACGCCACAGGGUGACGAGGAGAUUCUUGUCCAGGGAGACGUCAGUACCGAGGUCGAGGAGAUGAUGCUGGACCGGACAGACAAGAAGUGCGUCGACGUCUUCGGCGGCAAGAUCGAGCAAAACCAGAUCUCAUUCGUCGAGGUCAAACUCAAGAAGAAGGUUAUUGCCCCUCCCGAGGUCGCGCCUCAAGGAGCACCGCAGCAGUAA